AUGGCUCUAACGUUACAACAGUGCCCCGUCUGCUUUAACCACUAUAGAAGCACUCCAGACGGGAAGUUAUGUCGGCACGGAGGUAAAGUGAAAGGACAGGAAUGCUCGGGGUCUCGGAAAAAAGUUGAUCCAUUGGGCGCGAGGGCUGCUUCGCCUCUCGUUGACGGCCGUGCUGAAGUGUACGACCAUAUCCCUAAGCCAUGCAGGAAGAAGUUCGCACAUGAUCUGAACGCCUUGCUGACGGCUGUUUGUAAUGACCCUGGUGACCCGGUUCACUGGGUUAGACUCCACUGUUUUGUCCCAUACGUCUUACAGAAGACUUCCAGAGGGGGUCGCCGGGGAAACCUGUCCUCGGCUGUCAGACUUGUCUGUUCGCCGGAGGGCCUGGCGGAGAGCUCGCCGGCCACCUUCGAUAAAUUAUGUUCCAUCCACCCAAAAAUUUCGGUGGACAGGCGGGUCUUUCCCGCAUUGACAUUAACGGCUGGUUGCGUUUCUCCCGCCGAGAUGCUGAGGGCCGUUAAAUCGUUCAAAAACGGUUCUUCUGGAGGCCUGGAUGGCCUACGACUCCAGCACCUUAAGGAUGUUUUUUCAGGCUCCUUGCCAAUCGACGACACACUGAACUCCUUAACCCAAUUCAUUAAUUUGAUCUUAUCUGGAGCUUGCCCACUCUCCGUUCGCCGUUUGCCCAAAUUGAUGUACUUCCUGCGUACAUCUAAAUACAUUGACCCUUCUAAAUUGGGCGAAUUUGACGGAGCCCUGCGCACCGCCCUGUCGUCGAUUUGCAAUGUUCAACGGUUCCUGCGUGUCUGUGUGCUUGAAAAUAUACAGCUGAAUGCCGACAUGUGCAAUGAACGACAUUUCGUGCUUGUUGCAGCGUGUCAAAAUAGUUUUCACGUAAAAUGUGUUGGUUUGAAUGGUUUGAGUGAUGAAGCUUUUGAAGUGACACGUGGUUUCGAUAGUUUUAAAUGGUUUUGUGAUAUUUGUCUGAAAAAGUUAUGCAACGUUAAAACUCUCUCUAAUAUAGUCAGUGACAACAAUGAUGAAAUAAACUUAAAAGUCGAAAAAAUUAUUGAAAGGAACGGUUUUCUAAAAAAUGAACUUAAAUUGUUAAAAGAGAUGUUGAACAGUAACAGUGCAAAAUUAGAUAGCCCUGAUAGGCCUGUUAGCAAGUUAUCUGCCGAGAUCAGCACAUUCAAAAGUGAUUUGAAAUCUUCUUUUGCUACUGUUGUUGGCCAAGAAGUGAAGAAAAACAUUGAGUGUGUCAAUCUGGAUGUUAAAACGGUUAAAAGAAAAUUAACUGAGCAAUCGAUAUAA